GAUGAAACAAAAAAGGAGAAAGAGAAAUUAGAAAGAGUGAAAUCAAAUGAAAUGUGUUUUCAAGCAUGGAAGCAAAGUAAACAUCAACUUUUAAUUGAUGCAAUUAAAAAACGUAAAGCAGAAGAAUCGGCACAGAAAAAGAAGCUUGAAGAAGAACAGGAACGUAAACUGAACUCACAAAAGGCAUUCAAUGCAUGGAAAGCACAUAAAGAUGAAUCAAUCAUUAAACAACAUCGUGAAAAUUUAUCUAAACAAAAACGUGAACAACAAUUCAAAGAAACAGAACAAAAUGAGAAACAAUAUUUAAAUCAACAGGCAUUUGAAGAUUGGAAAGCCAAAAAAGAUGCCGCAUUAAAACAAAGCCUUCAGAGCAAAAGAAAACAUCAAAGUGAAAAAGAAAAACAACUAGAAGAAGCUAAUCGUAUUAAAAUGGAACAAGCAGCUGAAGCUUAUCAUCAAUGGGAAUUAAAAAAGGUUGCAUCAUUAGAGAAUCUUGUUGUCAGCAUCGACCAUUCAAAUAAACCAAACAGAAGACCAUGGAGGCCUCCAUCGAAGACAAUCCCUCCAACUCACUCAUAUAGAAUGUAUUGAAAAUAAGCGUUCCGUUACCACUUGUUAAUUUCGCACUUCAAUCAUGUGUAUAUAAAUAUUUACUUAAGUGAAAGGAAUUCAUUUUCGAAUUAGUCACAAAAAGAUCAUUACUACAACUCCGUUGCUACUUCCCGUUUGUUUUCCUGUUUAAAACCUUGUACUCUUCCAAUUUUAUUUUACCAUGAUGUCAACUAAUUCAAACAGAUUGGGAAGUUAUUAUAUUUUCUAAAACAAAAUCAGUACACAAUAUUUUGCAUGAAUUAUUGCUGUAUUAAAUAACAUGAUCCCUUUCCUUUCGAAAUAUAUUGAUCCACAUACUACUUGAAUAUUGUCAUGAGUAGUUUCAAUAGUGUUUAACCAUAUUUUGUAUAAAAACAAAACAAAAUAAUACCAGUAAAUGUAAUACUCACAGGUGUAAAUAAACAUACCAUUAAAUACAAUUAUUUUGCUCAACAAUUACUCAAGUAAUUCAUUUUUUUCAUACCUUAAUUCGAAGUUUCAUUAGAGACUUGUUUGUCAUUAGAUCAUCUAAGUACUGUCAGUCA